AUGCGAAUCAUUGCUCAAUCAGGUGUGGCUGCGGCUCGCAACAAUGUCCUUCUGAUGACUGCCGCCGACGCCUCACACCGGAAUGAUGAAGGUCUAUCGCGAAAAUCGAAUUUCAAAGCAGUUUAUGAUGAACUGCUCGGGCCUCGACCGGUUUGUCAGGCUAUCGCCCUCACCUCCGGCCUUUUCCCAAGUCCGAGCCUGCCUUAGAGAGGCCUCUCUCAAAACGGCCGGUCAGGCGCACAUUUUUUUUUCAAGCUCCUCAUGACAGAAAUCACAUUUUUUGUUCGUGUUUCGCUCAAAUUUCAACAGAUUGAAAAAAACUUUUUGGCCAAUUUCUGAGUAAGGAUGAAAUUUUUUUUUUGAUCGAAAUUUUCAUUUGAGGCCUAGCCUCGUCCAAGCCCGCGCGAGUCUAUUUAGGAAAUAAAAACCUGGGCCGGCCCAGACUGCUUAGCCUGAAGUUUGAGCUUGAGCAUCGGUAACGUAAACCGCAAGCACCCCUGAAAAUUCUGAGCUUUUAAGUGAAAACUUGAGUGCUGACUUCGCUAAAGCGACCGCUAAAAUGCUCAAAAAUCAUCCGGGGCGCGUCUGGUUAGCGUUACCGAGGUCCUAGUGCUUUAACCGUUUCUAAUAGUGAUAAAAGGGUAAGGACUCAAUCUUAAAUACCUAGUAUCGCUCGAAUUUGAGCAAAAUCAACUUUUUUUUGAACUUUCCUUCUUCUUCAAAAUGUUCAAAUUUCCCAGAAUCCGUCUUCAGAUCUUCCUCUUUGCUUCAAGGACUUUACAAUACUACAGAGGUGGAGAAUUGGGAAGGCAGUCCUUGGCUUGGCGGCCAAGCCAAGCCAAAAAGCCAAACGAUAGAAAUGAGCCAUUAA